AUGCAGAGGGCACGAAGAGGUAGCCUCCAGGAAUCGCCCUUGCACACAGCGUGUUACCAUGGAGAUGAAGAACUGGUAAAGACAUUGAUCGAUGCCGGAAAUGACGUUAAUGUGAAAGACAAAGAUGGCGACACGCCUCUGCAUUACUGCGCGUACGGGAACGAGCCCGGUGUCAUACGCCUUCUUGUGAGAGCUAGAGCGGACUUGAAUGCUGUGAAUGAGAAGAACCGGACUCCUCUACAUGUUGCUGCUUCAAAAGAGCACGCGGACUGCGUUCGGACCUUGCUCUCCUAUUCACGUAGGAUCAACGUAAACUUGCAGGACGCCGUAGGAGACACGGCUCUACACGAUGCCAUCACCGUCGAGAACACGGAAGUCGCCAGCCUCCUGAUUGAUUUCCGCGCUAUGGACUUGUCACUGAAGAAUCAACGGGGUUUCAAUUCCCUGCACCAUGCCUGCUUGAAAGGCAAUCACGAGAUUGCAGAGAGAAUCCUGUCGAAGCGGCCCAACUUGCUGAACGUAGCAAAAAACGACGGCUUCACGGCUUUACACUUGGCGGCGAAUAAUGGACACUACCGGGUUGCGAAAACCUUGUUGGCGAAGAGGGAAUCCGACAUGAACGCUCAUGCAUCUAAAGGAGAGACGCCGCUUAUGUUGGCAGCGAUCUUUGGCCACUGGGAUAUUGUCGAGCUCCUCGUCGAGGCUGGUGCUGACGUCAAUCGACAAGACCAGGAUGGAGACACCGUGCUUCACUUUGCCAUAGGCAGGUACCAACUGACGGCACUCCGAUCGUCGGGUACCUCGAAUGCUCCCUACUUGUCAGCGAUUGCGCAGGAACUGCCUAAUGGCCGCUUGGCUCCUCUGUGCUACCUAGCCAACCGGGGAGCCGACGUGUACAUGAUGAACAACAAGGGCAUCUCGCCCAUGAUGAUUGCUGCCACCAUUGACAUUUCAGAAUAUAUCGCGGCGUGGGCUUCGAGAAGCCGAUUUACGGAGGCGGAAGCUUCGAAGGCAUCCCGGCAAGGUUCAGCGGGUCCUCAAGGCAGGGAAAAGUGCAAGAUCUGCGUUGAAUCUGAAGCCAACGUUGUCUUCGAGCCAUGUGGUCAUCGGAUGACCUGUCAAGAGUGCUGCGUACGCUGCAAGGUCUGCCUCACAUGCGCCGUGCCAGUGCAGGCGAAAGUUAAUCCCGAUGGGACACCUAUCAGAAGCAGAGAACAGAAUCAGACGACGCAGAAAGAACUGGAUAGUCGGCUGCAAGAGCUGGAGGAUCGGCACACGUGCAACAUUUGCAUGGAAAAGCCACGCGACGUCGUCUUCCUUUGCGGACAUGGCUCGUGUAAAGUGUGUGCCGGCAAUAUGGACCUGUGCCACAUGUGCCGUGUGCCAAUCGAGAGGAAGAUUACCUUAUAUUUGGACUAAGUGCUAAUUCUGUACAGACGUGAUUACUCGUAUAACGGAUGCAGUGCCAAUGCUCAUUCACUUUGAAACACGAUAGUGGUUUUAUUUUCGUUUAAGAAAGCAGCAGAGAGAUGUAAAUGAGAGGGUGAGUGCGAGACAGGAAUACGUUUAAAAUAUGAAUCCGCCGUUUCCAAUUUCGUUUGCUAUUUUGCGUUUUCUCUGCUUGUUUUCCAGCUGGAUAUACCGAUGACAAUCCUUUCGCAAACGCCUCCUGGAGUUAUUUAAAGAGGAACUAUAUCCGGAUUGACAAAUCUCAAUCUCAUUGUCAUUUUGUAUCGGCUACGCCGGUGCGUCAGCGUCUCAGCCCAUGCGAAGCCGUGCUCAUGCUCCGCUGCAGCACGUGCGACGUCUUUGCCAUUGUGAUAUUUCUGCGGCCGAGGCGUUCGAGCACGAUCAUUCCUCUUUACCACCAUCUUUAUUUUUAAAGUGGAAAGGCGGAAGCGUGAUCGUACCGCCACAUCCUCAAAAUAAACAGCUGUGUGUGGAGCGAAAUCAUUUCAGGCCUAAUCUGCGCUAGGGUUCUUUUGUGAUCCUUUGGGAAUUGAGUGUGCUGCUACCCAUACAGUUCCACGACACGAUACUCAGAAGACGGGUGCUGAGAACCCCACAUAAGGAUGAAGCUUUGGCUCAGCAGUGACGAGUGUGUUACCACAUAUCCUUUAACGCCCAUUUUUUUAUGCAAGUUCCGCAUCCACGAAUGUUCUUAUAUUUUCACCUGGCUGACAGAAUGAACGCGUACCUACACUGCCAAGAUUAAGUUUAGCGGAAUGGCGAUGACGUCUGAUUUUCGCGGCGCGUGUAGAUAUCUACGCCAUUUAGCUUCCACUGGACGCAACAUUCAAGCUUGCAUGAAUAAAUUGGUGCUGUUCACAAUGUAGUCAUUGGUUUAUUUGUUAAAAGCACCUGCACUUGCAUGUAAUUUCCAGAGUGUUUAAAGCAAUUUUGAAGCUUCUCUUUCACACUGAAAUAAAUCAG